GAUUCGCCUGCUAGGCAAGAACAGAAGUCUAGUCCUUUCUUCUUCUUUCUUUCGUUCUUCCUCCCGAAGUCCGAAGCCAAUCGAUUAUCCCAUCAGUGAGUGAUAAAGUUUCGAUCUUUAAAGAUUUGAAAGCGGUGGGAUCUUCCCUCCAGGAGUCAAAACAUGCCCAGAUAGAGAUAUGACGAAUUUCUCGCUAAGAUCCGCCAUUGUACUCUUCUUCUUAUUCAUCUCAAUCUCUUCGCAAUCCAGAAGCACCUGUUCUUCCACUGCCCCGCUUCAGGGUCAUGAAGAAUCUGCUGUUGUAAGAACCCUAGAGGAGGAGAAAGGGCAUGCUCAUGAGGUGCAUUGUUCGAGAGAGCGGAGCAGGGCUGCGCGGAAAAUUAUCGAGCAGUACUUGAUCCCCUUUGUUGAGAAGGAAAAGCACCACAUUCCAAAGAAGUGCCCACUUCACCCUGAGAAUGACCUCUACCGUCUCCAAGAACAGAGCAAAGCCCGUGAAGAUAUCAACCUAUGGCGAUGUGGGUACUGCAAAAAGACCUUCUAUGAAGAGAAAAAUCUGGACAAGCAUCUAGAUGAGUGGCACUUUGACACCUUAGAUACGAGUCCCGGCAGGUGCUUGGCAGAUUCAUGUGGUUCAUUACACUGUGACCUCGUGAUGGAUUCCUUACGCAAGACAAAGUGCAAUCCAGCAGCUGCAGCAAGGAAUAAGCAUGCUUGUGAGAGCCUGGCUGAUCGCUGCUUUCCAGUCCAGGAUGGCCCCUCAGCUCGUCGUCUCAAUGAUCUAUUCUUACGGCAAUUUUGUGAUGCCCACACUUGCAAGGGAGGCCGGAAGCCGUUCUCAAGAGGAGGCAAGAAGAAGAGGAACGUGCUCUAUAUAGUUGCUUCAGUCCUGGUUUUAUUUCUGAUAUUUCUCUUCUACCUCUUCUUGUACUUGUAUGAAAGGGGCAUGAAAAGAGGCGGCCAAGGGCUGAAGCGGAUUACCAAAAGUGGACAGAAGAAACAAAGUUGAUUAACUGUUGCAGGUGUUUUCUUGCUGGCUUUCUUAUUUACCUUCUAAAGUGAUACUCAUUGAGAUAGUUCAAAUAUUGAGAAUGUUCAUUCUCUAUAUCUUCUGUAGUAGAUGUUUACAUAAAUGCAUGUGAGGUUCUGAUUAUAAAUUUUUACAAAGACAAACUUAGAUCUCUCAGCUAUUGAACUCUCUCAAACUAUAUCAAUGUCGAUGACUUUGCGGCUGAUACUGGCUUUAGGAAUGGUGACAUACAGCACCCCAUCUUUCACUUCCGCCUUAAUUUUCUCGUACUCGAUGUUGUCUGGUAAAGCAAUUCUGAAACUGUACUUGCCAUAGCUCUUACUCGGCCAAUCUUCACCACUCUCAGCAGCCUCACCAUUUCCAUCCUUAUCCAGGACCUUUUCGCCCUUCAAAACCAGCAUAUUGUCUUCAACCCACAGCUUGACAUCGUUCUUCGUCAUGCCAGGCAUGUCGAACCUCAAUCCAUACUCGUUUUCACCUUCCUGUAUUGCCCAAGGCGUCCUUCCCCUUCCAUACCCAUCUCCCUGAACCGGAGAAAUCGCAGUAGGCCACAAGCCACUGCUGUAGGAAAAGGGAUCAUCCAUGAUCCUGUUCAUUGUGUCUAUCAUCUGCUGCAUUGUCCUUGCUGCUGGAAACCCAUCCCACAGCCCUGCAGGUGCUGCAACCUGCUGACUUUUCUUUGGUUGGGGCUGUUGUUGAUUGCCAACUCUUUGCAAACUGUCAAGGUUGUCUCUGUUCUCGGCCAUAACUUUGACCGCAUUGCGAGCAGUUCCUCUGCCAUUGUUGUUGCCUGGCCAUGGAAGCUUGGGGAAGCAGAGUUUGUUGCUGAGUCUCUCGGUAGAAAAAGUGGGGAAUGGUGUGCAGAUGUGCAGUUGUGAAGCCAUUGUGUAAAGCUUGAAGUAUUUGAUUGUGCUGUGGUUUCUUCAGUUGAACUCAAAUGUGUUGUUCCUAUAGAGCCUUAAGGAGAUGGUUAUAUAUACAUAUUGAAAAUAGUAAGGAUCAACGAGACAUUUCUCGAACUUGGGUGGCUGGCCUGGCAAAUGGCCCUUUCUAGACUUCUCUUACUGUCUCUUGCCCUUUCUAGACUUCUCUCUCACUGCUGCGCCUCCCCGCAGCGGCCCAUAUUUGUCCAGAAACGGGUCGAAACUUCAAGAGGCCCGCUUGAAUUUCAUCCAAAAAACAGGGAUAGAUGGUGCUCCGUCGCGUCAAUGGAUCAUGUGAUUAUGGGUUGAGCCUUACUACCUAU